AUGGUUAUCCAGUGUACCGGCGAAGGAGGAUUUACAGUCGUGGUAAAGGGCCACCAAGUGGAUAACAGAUGGGUAGUGCCAUACUGUCCCUUGCUAACAAAAGCGUCCAAUUCGCACAUCAAUGUCGAAUAUUGCCAUUCUGUUCGCUCCAUCAAGUAUGUAUGCAAGUACAUCAACAAAGGGACUGAUGCUGCAACGUUUGGUAUUAGGCAGGAAGGUUCCGUAGACGAAAUCCAGGACUUCCUUGCAGGGCGCGUCAUUAGCAGCACAGAGGGCCUUUGGCACAUAUUCAGCUUCCCUAACCACGAAUGCUUCCCAGCAAUCGUCCAGCUUGCUGUGCACCUAGAAAACGACGAACUUCUUUAUUUUUCUGCGAAUACACCAAAGGCACAUCGCAUACAGCGUUCUUCAAAUUUUGUCGACAGGACAAGUUUUCAGGACUCUACUGUACCCAGACGUGCCUUCAUACUACGUGUGGGCAAAAAGAAAAACCUGUGCUCGCCGGAAGUGCGUCGAGGGCUAUCCGGGCGUCAAAAAGACGCCAGACUCGGAAGGGUAUUCACGGUUCCCCCAUCGCGACAGGAAUGUUUUUACUUGAAUGUUUUUAUUAGGCUACACUAA